AUGGCGGCGGCGCGGCCACGUCGCCGCUUCCCCGUCUCUGAUGCCGCUGUCGCGGACUUCGCCGCCUCGAUGCGGGACAAUCUCCUCAACGCGGCGCACAACGGCGACCUCCGCCUCCUCAAGAGGCUGGUGGUGAUGCUGGACGAGGGCGUCGGCCGCCCCAAGGACGUGGUGGAGGCAGCGAGGGCGGACGGCGGCCUCUGGGCGCUGCACGUCGCCGCGGGCAACGAGCAGAUGGAGGUCUGCAGGUACCUCGUCCAGGAGCUGCGCGUGGAUGUGAACGCCGCCGAUGACAAGGGUAGAACGCCUCUCGUUUUUGCGGUGCACAGUGAAAAUGCUGCUGUUGUCAAUUAUCUUCUUGAUCAUGGUGCUGAUCCAGACAAAGCUGAUGAUGUUGGGCUAACCCCUCUACAUUCUGCUGCUGGAAUAGGAGAUUGUGAAAUGAUAGAAAUGUUGCUUGCAAAGGGAGCUCGUAUUGACCUCAUAGCUGAUGACAUUGGGACACCACUGCAUCUUGCUACUAAGGAACAACACGUCAAUGCUAUGAAGACAUUAUUGGACCAUAAUGCAGAUUUGUGUAGAUCUCCUUGGAGCUACAAGAGUCUGGAAUUUAUGACACCCCUCUUUCAGGCUGUCAAUCUUUCAUCAGUAGAAUGCGUAAAGCUCCUGGUUGAGGCUGGUGCUGUUAUCAAUUCGGAUUGUGUUUCAACUGCUUCAGUUGAUUCAAAAAUGGGAAAUGAGGGCUCAACUGAGUGCUUAAAUUUCUUACUGGAGGCUCGUGCCAACCGUAAUGCCUCUAAUGAUGAUAAACAUGGUAAUACAGAGAAAAUAACACACUUGAAGUCAUUUGGGAGUCAAUCAAUCAAGAGAAAAGAUUACUUUUCUGCAUCAGCCUUCUACACUAAGGCAAUUGAUCUUGACCCUGCCGACGCGACCUUGUUCUCAAACAGAAGCUUUUGCUGGCUCCGCAUGGGUGAUGGGAAGAAGGCGUUGCUGGAUGCUCUUGAAUGCAGAAAACUACGGCCUGACUGGCUGAAGGCAUGCUACCGGCAUGGCGCUGCGCUGAUGUUACUGGAGGACUACGAGGGCGCGUGCCAAGCACUUCUUGAUGGGCUCAAGUUGGACCCGCAGAAUGCUGAGAUGGAGACUGCAUUACGGGAAGCUAUGGAAUCUUUGAAGACAUGUAAAGGCACCAGGGCAAGAUGAGAUUACACUUGCGUUAAAGAUGGCAAGAUGAAGUCACCACUUGUGAAAACAUUUCUUUGCAAGUGCCGAAGAUAGAUAAUGAUCUAUGAAAGCUUUUGUUAGUAAAUGUUUCCAAUGUGUGUACGUAUCGAUGUUGGUACCUAUCGUGAAAGACACACAGUUGUUUAGUGUUAAGCAUAUGAUAUUUUUGGUUUGUUUUUUCUGUGAAUCAUGUGCUCCUAUACGCCGGGCAUCCGUGCAAAUAAAUCAUUUGUACCAAGCAGAUGCAGGUAAGAGAA